AUGAGGAGUCUGCUGGCACUGCUGAUGGUGACUCUGGCCCUGGCAGUGCUCUGCUGUUGUGAGAAAGAUCCCAAUGGCCCCCCAGGAUCUCCCAGUGCUGACAGCAUCAAGAUUAAAAAAGAAGUUGCCAACACCUUUGUGAAGAGGCAGAAGAGAUCCAGCCUGUAUGAACGGUACUUUGAGUAUUACAAAAGCCCAAUGGAGCAGAUGCAUGAGCGCUGUGAAAACUACCCUCCCUGUGACUAUCUCUCUGACCAAAUAGGAUUUUACAUGGCCUACAAUCGUUUCUUUGGGAGAUACUAA